AUGUCGUACAUGUUCUCGUACUACGGUAUCGCGUGUUCGAUCACGAUCAGUGUCAUCAACUACAUCCGCCUCGGCUUCGAGCUUCCCGUUGACGGCUACUACAUGCACUCCUACCCUCUGGGUGAGAAACCGCUGAUCAAGUCUUUCCUCAUCAACGUUAUGUGGAUUCCAUACUUCUUCUUCUUUGGCGGUCUGUCGAUCCCCGUCAGCCAGGCGAUUAUCGCCCACCUGUUCUCACACAACAUCUCAUGGGGUGCGAAGAAGGAGGUCGAGCGGUCGAUCUUCUUCGAGGACAUCCCGAAGAUCCUCAAGAGGUUCUGGGUACCGUGGACGAUCUGCAUUGUGCUCACGGCGGGCCUGAUCAUCCUGUCGACGUCAUUAGUGCCCGUGCAGUGGCACAUCGACGGGUCAGCAUGGGCUGUCAUCCUCCUGUUGUCAAUCCUGAUCGGUCUGCAGUGGAAAGAAGCAUGCGCGCUGCAUCACGCAUUGGCUGGGAUCGCGGUGCUCACCUACGCCCACGGUGCCGGACAUCCCACGUUCAGGCAGCAGUGGUGA